GGUAAAGAACCCUAACUUUCGUUUCCGUUUUUGGUUGAUACUUGUUCUUUACAGUAAAUUUUAGCAGUAUUUUACUUUAAAUAUAACAAUGUCUGGAUCUGGAAAGCACUCGGAUAUGGGUAAAGCCGAUGAGGCUGACCCUUUUACACCCCUGUCCUCAGCGCAAGAACGGGAAGCUUAUUAUUGGCAUAAAUUUCUUGUCGGCGUAGAGAAGAUUUUACACCCUAAUAACCCUAAUAUUUUAGAAGACGUAGAGAUUGUGGAUACUGAGCCUCUAAGUAUCCGUUAUCAUUUAUGGAGCAUUUCGGAAUUUCUUGAUCAGUAUGAUACAAAUAUCGGCAAAAUAGGUAUUAAAAGUACCAGAAUGCCGAGAACGAAGUGCACUAGCUAUCAGCCUCAGGAGGCUGAAGAAGUCAGUCGGCGCCCUAGCAAAGAACCAAUGUUAAAGCUAGAACCGCCGACAUCGGAUGUCAGGGAUGAGGACAUGCUGUCUGUCGAAAGAAGUGUUGAGGGUUCGGAGGAGGAUGAAGAGAAAAAUGUUAGUACUGUGCGAAAAGGUGAUGAGGACAGUGAAGAAGAUGAAGAUAAAGAGGAAGAGGGUGAUGAAGAAGAGACGGAUCAGGAGAUAAUCGAAGAUAUUAAUGCCGGUCAGCAGAUUCUCCAAGAGGAGAGAUUAGAUGAGGGCUUUAAUUCAGAGGAUGAUGAUGCUGGCAACCACUUCAACUUUCUGGGGAUUUAAAAGUAAUGAAAACAGUGGUAGAUAAAGCAUGGAUCAAAGUUGCGACUAAGAAGAACUACUGCAGUGUGAGUAAACAGUUUUUCAAGCUUCCUGACGGUUAUGAAUUGACCUUACCUAAGAGGGUAAUACCGUUUUCGAUUGUCCAAAGGGGCAUAUAGCAGUAUAUGCGAAGCACUUUGAAUUUGGGUUGCGUUUUCCUCUGCAUCAUUUCAUAGAAAAGAUAUUUAAGGCAUGGAUGUAUGUAUUGCUCAGUUAACAUCGACAACAAUUCGAAACAUUGUGUCGCUGGUAUGGGUUAUGUUAUUCAUGGAUUUCCCGUUAACCCUUAAUUUGGUCCAUAAGCUACAUUAGAUCAAAAAGAACAAUUAAUCACCAGGCUGGUGGUCUUUGUAUACAGCCUCUGGUAAGAUUACGGUGUGGCCGAAAUUAACCAAUUGUAAAAAAUGACAAAACUAAUUUUAUUUUCUAAAAGUGCCAGAUGAUUUCAAUCUGCGAAGAACUUUCUACCCUCCCCAUAGCAGAUUUGAUUCUGUUAGAGAUAUGAAGUUAGGCAAGCUUGAAUUUAAAGCUUUUCAUUUUUUCGAUUGUCUGUAUGUAAAUGAAGGUAAAAAGAUUAAAGUUGUUCCAAGCGUGAUAUGGCAUCCAUUUAAAAUAGAACAAGGCCAAAUGUCCUUCCUCUCAGAAAGGGUGGUGGUACCAGCACCGGCUCCAAAAGGCCCAGUGGUGGAGCCAGCUUGGAUCAGUCUAAAAAAUAAAAACCAUCCCGGCUCAAGACCAACAAGCCGGCAGCCGAAAGACGUCCCAACUGACAUGAAGGACAACGUGGAUUUGGAGGAUGAUAACGGCAACAGACCAAAGAAAACGGUGGGCAUCACUGCCCCAAGGCAACCAGUCGACGGCUUCGAUAAGGCCACAUCACAGAAUAAGGAUGCAACCUUUCUCUACAGUUUGCUCUGGUUCUAGCAGCCUCAAUGCCCUUAUACCUGUGUUGACGGAUGAUUUUAUUGAGAUUCCCCAUGUCAAAAUUCUCAAGGAGGUGAUGGAGGAAUUUCUUGUUCCUGUCGGUACUGUUGGUGAACCACGGCAUCCUCGAAUUAAUGUGAAUAGGGGGAAUUUGUCAUUACGGAUGACCUAUCCACUAGAGGUAGCAUGGGAUGGAGGGUGCUAAAAGAUUUGGCCACUCUUGCCGAUAGGCCUGUCAGCCGGCUCGCUGCUCCUUAUGGUCAAAUGAUGAAUAACCUACUUAGGAGGUUGUCCACAUGUACAAAUAUUAUCAGAGGUAUGCGGACAAAGCCGAGAGUAUUGUGAAGAAGGCUAAAGACGAGUGCAAAGCGGCCGCCCUUGAGGUUUCGAACUGUAAAGUCAAGAUAAGGUUUCUUGAGAACCAGCUGACUAGCCUAGAGGAGUCAAAAAAGAAGUUGGAAAAUCAAGACAAGCUGAAAGCCCAAAUAGCUGAUUUGGAGAAAAGCUUGAAAAUCGAGAGGGCAAAGAAAGAGGAAGCGAAGAAAAAGUUUGAGUAAGCUCGUCUUGAGAAGCCUUCUAUCAGGCGUCAAGCUGUCAACCGGUUCUUGAGGUCUGAUUUAUACUGGGACAAGCUGGUUAACCGUUAUACCGGUGGGUGGGUAGCAGCACAUCGUUGCGUGUGUAUAACCGAGGGUUGGGAGGAGACGAGAUGUCAGUCAAUCGAGGAUGCUUACGGUAAUGACAAACAUCACUCUCCCACCAGCUAUGAAGAAGGAUAUUUUGCCGAUCCCCCCAGCAUUGAAACAAUGACAAAUGUUGAUCCACGUGAUAUGCCGGAUGAAAAGUUUGAUGACGCCAUUCUUGCCAGCCUUGUAGGUGAGAAAGGGCCAGAGAAAGAGUCCAAGAAGAAAAAAGGUUUAAGGGUUAGGCAGUCAUCACCAAGCUCAUCAUAUGGAUCCUCAUUUUCUUGCAACCAUUGUUAAGCUGAAUGAAUUUUAUUUGUGUUUUUGUCAGUUCUAAAACUCUCAAUUGUUAUGAACAAACUAAUCGUCUGUUUGUCUAUUUUAGCCGGUCUGAUCCUUGUACUUUUUUGGGUGAUGGCUGUUGGUUUUCUUUGUUUUAAAGUAUGUUUGAAUACUCUUUAAGUUUUAACUCUUGCUAUGUAUACAUGAUGCUUUCAGAUCAA